ACAAGACAAAGAAAAAAAACACAACUUCUGUAUCAGAAAAAAAAUACGUAAUAAAGAAUUUCAAAAAGUGUCAAAAUCACUAAAGAAAGAAUUAAAUUAUUGAAGUGUAAUUAAGAAAACAAUAUGGAUUAUACUAUAGUGGAGUAUUAUGGCAAACAAGAAAGUAAAUGCGGUUACUGUAAGGGAGCUAAAUGUAGCAUUAGCCAUGGAAUGCAUGCCUACACAAUGUCACCACAAGAUUAUCAGGAUCUAAUUGAUCGUGGUUGGCGUCGCAGUGGCCAUUAUUGUUAUAAACAAGAUAACACCACCACAUGUUGUCCUUGCUACACCAUCAAAUGCGAUGCUUUGGAAUUUAAAUUAUCCAAGUCCCACAAGAAAGUACUUAAACGUAUGAAUCGUUUUCUACGCGAUGGCAAACGUGAGAAACAUGAAGAAGGUCAGGGUUCGACUAAUGUAAAUGAUGAGGCUAAAAAUACUGACAAUGAAGAUGUUGGCGAUGAUGCUGGUGGUGGAGGAGGUAUAAGGGAAGAGGUACAGGGACCUAAUGUCCCCUUAAAAGAUAUAAAUCUAGAGGUAUUUGCCAAGGCAAAUGGGGAACAACAAACAAAUACAAAAACCGAUAAGUCUCAGGCUAAAGAAAUUGUGAGCAAACAGACAACAAAUCAAGAAUCUUCAAGUGACAGCAAGAAAUCUUUGGAGGGUGUUAAUCCACCUUGCAAGAAAGCUAAACAAAUGCGUCUGGAACGUAGAAUGGCCAAACAAGCUGCCAAGGGUCUACCUACAGAACUACCGCCCAAAACUCCUAGAAAUCAAGAAAAAACUCUAAAUGAUUUAAUAAAUGAUAGUCGACCGGAUGACAAACACAAGCUUAAGUUGGAAGUGAUACAUGUCAAAAGUGAUCAGUUUCAUAAAACUUUGUCACAAACGUAUGCUCUCUAUGAGAAAUAUCAAACGCAUAUACAUAAUGAUCCACCGGGCUGUGAGGAUGAUUAUUUGACAUUUUUACAACGUUCUCCAUUGCAGCUCUCUAAACCUGAUGGUGGCCCACCUUCUGGUUACGGUUCGUUUCAUCAACAAUAUUGGCUAGAUGAUAAAUUAAUUGCUGUUGCCGUUAUUGAUAUUUUACCCCAUUGCAUUAGUUCAGUGUAUUUCUUUUAUGAUCCCGAUUAUAAUUUCCUUUCCUUGGGUACUUACAGUUCUUUAAGAGAAAUUGAAUUAGUUCAAAUACUUGCCAACAUUGUGCCCAGCCUAAAGUAUUAUUAUAUGGGUUUCUAUAUACAUUCCUGUCCCAAAAUGCGCUACAAGGGUAAAUUGUCUUGUUCGUAUUUACUGUGUCCCGAGACGUAUACCUGGCAUUUGUUAACUGAUGACAUAUGCUCGAAAUUAGAUGCUCAUAAGUACCAGCGUUUUAAUAAUGAUCUCCAGGCCAGAGAUGCAGAUGAGUUUAAGGACAGUGACAUAGAUUCAGUAUUAUUAUUAAUAAAUGCCAAGACAUAUGUUAAAUAUCGUCAGUAUAAGCAGAUUGCAGGCAGUGAUGACCGUGAUUCAAUUAUUGAAUACAGCCAGCUGGUUGGCAAAACUUUGGCCCAUCGUAUGCUGUAUUUGAAAUUCUAAAAGAAAAGAUUUAUGAAAACGAUUUUAGAAUUCGUUUGUUUUGAGUUUUAUUCCCCCACGUUAAAGUUUUAAAAUGUAUUAGUAGUGUUUCGCUUAAAAAGCUUCAAAAUUUUAUUUUAAUUAUGUUUCGUUAAUUAGUCCCAACUUGUUUCUACUCGACUACAUGGAUGUAGGCAAAAUAAAGAGUUGAUUAUAUAUUACAA